AUGACUGUAUUGGGAAUGGGGUAUGAGAAAAUACAUGCAUGUCCUAAUGAUUGUAUACUCUACAGAAAGGAGUUCCAAGAUUUAGCUUCAUGUCUAACAUGUAACACAUCAAGAUGGAAGUUGAAGAAAAAAUCAAAUGAACCGAGGAUUGGCGUGCCAUCGAAAGUUUUAUGGUAUCUCCCACCUAUCCCAAGGUUUCAAAGAAUGUUUCAGUCGCCAGAAAUAGCAAAGGACUUGACAUGGUAUGAUGAUCAAAGAGUUUCUGAUGGCCAAUUACGUCACCCAUCAGACUCUCCAUCAUGGAAAUUAGUCGACCACAAGUGGCCAGAUUUUGCUGCAGAGCCUCGAAACCUUCGGCUAGCUCUUUCUGCAGACGGAAUAAAUUCACAUAGUUCCCUUAGUAGUCGCUAUAGUUGUUGGCCUGUUGUACUGGUUAUCUACAAUCUUCCGCCUUGGUUGUGCAUGAAGAGAAAAUUUAUGAUGUUAUCAUUGUUGAUAUCUGGUUCGGCACAACCUGGUAAUGACAUUGAUGUUUUCCUUGCACCAUUGAUUGAUGACUUGAAAAUAUUGUGGCAGCGAAGGAACAGUUCUCAAAGAUUAAAGCGUGGUAGGAAGAACAUUUAUGCGGGCCAUAGAAAAUUUCUUCCACGCUACCAUCCGUAUCGAAGGCAAAAGAAAGCAUUUAAUGGCGAGCAAGAGUUUCGAGAAGCUCCAAAACCGUUAUAUGGAGAAGAAGUGUUAAAGAAGGUAGAAGGGAUUGAAAUUCUUUGGGGGAAGAAAAAUAAAAAGAAGUCCUCAAAUAUUGGUACUAGUUGGAAGAAGAAGUCAAUUUUUUUUGAGCUUGAAUAUUGGAAGUAUUUGUAUAUCCGACACAUUUUAGAUGUUAUGCAUAUAGAGAAGAAUCUGUUGGAGAGCAUCAUUGGUACACUACUUAAUAUUCCAGGCAAAACAAAGGAUGGAGUUAAUUCUCGUCUAGAUCUUGUAGAUAAGGGCCUAUGGGAAGAGUUGGCACCGGUAAUUGGAGAGAAGCGAACAUACCUACCUCCCGCAUGUUAUACAUUGUCUAGGGAGGAGAAGAAAAUAUUUUGCACAACAUUGUUAGAACUCAAAGUCCCUGAUGGGUACUCUUCGAAUAUUAGAAGUAAGGUCUCGAUGCCAGAUCUGAAGCUUUAUGGUCUCAAGUCACAUGACUGUCAUGUACUGAUGCAACAGUUGCUACCUUUGGCACUACGUUCUGUGUUGCCUAAAGAAGUGAGCUAUGCCAUCACAAGAUUAUGUUUCUUUUUCAAUGCUAUUUGUAGCAAAGUGGUGGAUGUGCCGAAAUUAGAAAAACUUCAAUCAGAUCUUGUGAUUACAUUAUGCUUAUUUGAAAAGUACUUUCCGCCAUCAUUCUUUGAUAUCAUGGUUCAUUUGACGGUGCAUCUUGUUAGAGAAGUACGACUUUGUGGACCUGUUCACUUUCGAUGGAUGUAUCCAUUUGAGAGGUACAUGAAGGUUUUAAAGGGUUAUGUACGUAAUCGUAAUCAUCCGGAGGGUUGCAUUGCUGAAAGCUACAUUCCAGAAGAAGGUGUUGAGUUUUGCUCUGAUUACUAA